UACAUCUUACAAUGAUUCAUUAUGUUUUGGCUUUUCCAUCUUCAAUAUUCCCAGAAAACUAGGUUUUCUACUGCAAGUUUAGCUAGCCAAAAAUGGAGUCUUGGGGCCAUGCUUUGGAUAAUGAAGGGAGCCUUUUGUUCUCUGAGUAUGGUGUGGAAGUAAACUCAUUUUCGGAUUUCGAUAAGAACAUGAUUAUUGCCCCUAGUUAUUAUGGGGAAAUUAAUGAAGGUGAUGCAGACUUCAUGGAACUAUGGACUCAAAACAACAACAACAACAACAAUAGUAACACUGACAACAAUUUUGCCAGCAAAAUAAUGAUGUUUUCUGAUGAUGAUAUGAUGAACAACAACUGGAAAAGAAUACCUGCAAUUGAAUCGGUAUCUGCAGAAUGCUGCAAAGGAUAUGGAGGGUUGGAGAUUGGGCAAUCUGCUUCAGCUAAAAAGGCAAAGAUAAUCACAGAUUUUAAUCCCUGUAGUCAAUUUGUCCCAAUAAUCUGCCAAGUUGAUGGGUGUAAAAUGGAUCUUAGUUCCUCCAAAUACUAUCACCAGAGGCAUAGAGUCUGCGUGGAACACUCCAAAACCAUCAAAGCCAUUCUUCAUGGUGUUGAGCAGAGAUUUUGCCAGCAAUGUAGCAGGUUUCAUUUGUUAGCAGAAUUUGAUGACGACAAGCGCAGUUGUCGGAAGCGUCUUGCCUGCCACAACAAGCGCCGCAGAAAGUCUCGCUUUCAUACUCAAUGGGAUGCAAGCUUAUUAUUGGAUAUGGCUUCCCAAGGGGCAUCCCCAUUUCUUAUUCCGGAAAUACUUUCUGGGAAUCUCAACUUUUGCCAACAACAGGAGAACAACACAAAAAGUAAUAAUAGCCCCGCCGCCGGCAACCUCGUAGAGCAAGAACUGUCCGGCGGGGAGAUUUCCGGCGGCGGAGCUUUCUCUCUUCUGUCUGCUACCCAGACUUGCAGAGCAGACCAUCGUCGUCCUGGAAUCCAAAAAUCAAAGAAUUGUAUGAAUUACUACAGCAAAAAAUGUUUGAAGGCCUCUCGAGAAAGGAGUGGACCGGCGACCACCAUUGAUCUGCAGCAGUUGUCAACCCAUCUCCGACGAGUGGAGCAGCAGAGAGGAUCGGAGCAGGUGAAGAACCAAGAGACCAUCGUGUCGUCCAAUAAUGUUUUCUGCUGUUUUACUUCCAUAUAAAAUUCAUAAAUAAUUAUUUAAUGGAUACUACAAGUCUUCAUGUAAUGAG